UACUACAAUUUAAAAAUAAACACAAAACCAGGACUGUGUUGCUGUACUGACUCCAGCAGUGGAAGCUACAGUCAGGGCCUCUGGUCCUCAUGGUUUCUCCAAGCCCUCCUUUUCUUAGUAUAGUGGGAAUGACAAUCCCCACCUGUCAGGGUCACCAUGAGGUUAAAGUGGGCCACCACAGAUGUCCCAGGACUCUCACUAUAGGCCUGGACCACUCUAGAUAGACCCUUUGCACCUAGCCCCAGGUGCAGCUUGGGAAGAUUCUCCUCUCCUUUCCCCUGGAGUCACACCUGACCUUAACUUACCAUUUAAUGUCAUAGUUGGAGGAAACUGAGAUCAGUCAUGAUCAGCCAGGAGGUGCUCAUGGGAGCUACCGUAGGAGCCCCACCUGUUCUCAUCUCAGGGUGAGGGAUUGCCAUGUGCGAUUCUGGAGACAUUUUUUAGUGGUUACAACUGGGAGAGGAGUUCACUGGCAUCUAGUGGAUAGGGGUCAUCAGCAUCCAGCAAUGCACAGAACAACCCACCACAGAGCAGCCCCUGGAGGCUGGUUCAGAUACCCUGCUCUAGACCCCAAGACCAUCUAACAACCCAGGGAAAGGCUAGCUGAGGGAUGGGUGGGCACAACUCUCCAGUGGGCAGAACUCCACACUCCAGAGCUCAUUCUUGCUCUGGGUGGUUCCAGGGCCCCUAACCACCAUGGGCCCAGUUGUGGACUGAACAUGUCCCUGCCAAAAAUCCAUAUAUUGAAGCCCUAAAUCCCAAUGUAAUAAUACAUGGACAUGGGGACCUUUGGGAGGUAAUUAGAGCUAGAUAAGACCAUCAGAGUGGGGCCCUUGUGAUGGCAUUAGUGCCCUUAGAAGAGAGAAACCAGAAAGCUUGCACUCUCUCUCCCUCCCUCCCUCCCUCUCUUUCUCCCCCCACCCCCCUCCCCACUGUGUGAGGACAUAGUCGGAAAGCAGCUGUCUGCAAGCCAGGAGGAGGGUCUCACCAGGAACCAAAAAAGCUGGCACCUUGGUCAAGACUUCUAACCUGCAGAAUGGAGGAGCGGGUGGACGUCGGCCUGGAGGCGGAGACGAAAGAGAGAUGGACGGGCAUCCCAGCCAAUGAGCGCGCGCAGCACCCCUAGCAACUGAGUCUCGCCAAUGGCGUGGCGGGGCGGGGCAGCGCGCUGUCAGCUGCAGGGGCCGGGGGCGCGCGGCGAUCUGCGGACGGCUGGGCCCGCACAGCGCCUCGGUGCCCGGUCGCCGCCUCUGCGCCGUCCCGUGGGCCGGGCAUGGGCGCCGGCGCCGGCGGCGGCACGAUGAGCAGCACCCUGGGCAGCCCGGUCCGCGCCUACGACUUCCUGCUCAAGUUCUUGCUGGUGGGCGACAGCGACGUGGGCAAAGGCGAGAUCCUGGCGAGCCUGCAGGAUGGCGCGGCCGAGUCCCCGUACGGCCACCCGGCGGGCAUCGACUACAAGACCACCACCAUCCUGCUGGACGGGCGGCGGGUGAAGCUGCAACUCUGGGAUACAUCCGGGCAGGGAAGAUUUUGUACCAUAUUCCGCUCCUACUCGCGGGGCGCACAGGGUGUGAUCCUGGUCUAUGACAUUGCAAACCGCUGGUCCUUUGAUGGCAUCGACCGGUGGAUUAAGGAGAUAGAUGAGGACCGGGCCCUGACCUGGAGCCCCACCAAGCCCAGGAGCCAGAGCCGCGAGCUGCCUGCUGGCACGCUGACCUGGCCAACUGCCGAUCAUGCCCCUGGCGUCCCUAAAAUCCUGGUGGGAAACCGCCUGCAUCUGGCCUUCAAGCGGCAAGUCCCCACGGAGCAGGCCCAGGCCUACGCAGCACGCCUGGGUGUCACCUUCUUCGAGGUCAGCCCUCUGUGCAACUUCAACAUCACCGAGUCCUUCACGGAGUUGGCCAGGACCGUGCUGCUGCGGCACGGGAUGGACCGACUCUGGAGGCCCAGCAAGGUGCUGACCCUGCAGGACCUCUGCUGCCGGGCUGUGGUGUCCUGCACACCCGUGCACCUGGUGGACAAGCUCCCGCUGCCGAUGGCCUUGAGGAGUCACCUCAAAUCCUUCUCGAUGGCCAGUGGCCUCAAUGCCAGGAUGAUGCACGGCCGCUCCUACUCUCUCACCACCAGCUCCACCCACAAGAGGAGCAGCCUCCGAAAAGUGAAGGCCACCCGCCCCCCCCAGAGCCCGCCCAAGCGCUGCCCCCGGAACAGCUGUAAAGUCUCCUGAGGGAGGCGCCAGGACACAGACACUGGCCCCUCUGCGAGAGGCUCUGAGCCGUCACAUGUGGGACGCGGGAGCCCGUUCCAGGCCCGGGAAAGCACCUGCCGGUCUCUCGUGGUGAUCGUGCCGCCCCGCGCAUUGAAAACACCCCGCGCAGCUCGACGUUGGUGUUUCUACAUGGAUGUGCAUGAAGCUCUUGCUUUAGAUGUGUGUUUAUAAAGGGGGUCAGCACUCUGCUCAGCUCCUGAUAACGUGAGAUUUCAGAUGUCACUUACGUCGUGGCUGCAGCACGGCCUUUGCUUAAUAGGACUGCUUUUAUAAGAACAGUGACAUGUGUCGUGAGUGCAAAUUCCAGGGACUCUGGAAAGCAACAGGGGAGAGAAAUUAGUCUUUGACCUCACAAGAGGGCCUUUUUGUAAGUCUCCUCGUCACAUCGGAGCGCGAGUUUAUGAAGUGCUGUGGAGAAUCAGAGUUGGCACGGCCACUCUGUCCGGCUCGGGUCUGACAUGGAUUUGAUAAAGUUUUUGCUAUGUUAUUUACCAUGUUUUGGGAUUAAUAAGUGAUUUAUACGCAUAUUUUUCUGUAAAUCUACAUUUUUUUGUACAAGAUGUUCCACAAGUUACAAAGCUAAGGGAAGAAAAUGCCAAAGAUAUCUCCAGUUGUGCCAAACGGCCACAACAUAGUUACAACAGAUCCAGAUCGGCAAGGAAGAUAUCGUUCAGAGCCGUGUCGGUAAGGAAUGAAGUGGCCACCGUUAUUUAAGAAAAUGUUUCCUGACAAUAAAAUGUACACUUGUUUCUU